AUGCAGCUCUUUCCGGGUCUUGGGGUUUUCCUUUUAGCCACUUACACCGCCUCCGCUGUUGGCAACCCCCUAGUGGGGCCAGUCGACAUAGUGGAAUGUUUGUUAGUAGAGGUCGUAGUCCAGGUCCUAGACGCUUGUAGCACUGCUACUCAGUUCUGUGAAUCACUACUGGCUCCUACGAUCACUGUUUCAACGACUACUACGGCGACAUACUCAAGCUGUGACUAUACGUACACCCCUCAGCCAACUACAACUUCGGCACCGACAUCUAAGAAAUCCACCACCCCAUGCCCGACCCCCAAGGCUCUGGAGGAAUUCGCCGACUGGCAAAUCACUGAAGCAUGCCGGUGCCUCCAUAUUCCAUCUACUGAUAUCCCAACGAUCACGGCCACGAAGACAUCGACCACCACCACCACUCUCUGUCCAGUUCCCACAUCCUGUGGAAAUGAGGGUGUACAAUGGGCAUACUAUUAUUUUGGCGAGGGUAACGUUCUGCCAUACCACAAUGGUGGCGAAAACUACAUGUUUGAUGUGACUGCUCUCAAGGACACCACGCCAGAUGCCACCGGAACGACCGUGUAUGUUGCGGAAAGUGGCACCUCAUAUGGUCCCACUAUAGACAUCUAUGGGACCCAGCAGACUUUUGACUACUUCGCCCUCAACCAGCGCGGGUAUAUCUACGCAGAGACCACAGGCACCUACGUCUUCACCAUUACAAACAUCGACGAAGUCGCCUAUUCCUGGGACAACACGACUGCAUACUCGGGAUGGGAUGAAUCCAAUUUUGAAGCAUACACUUCAGACAAUUCACCAACGACCGGAAAUAUCUAUAGUAUGGACUUAUUAUCGGGGCAAUACUUUCCCAUUCGUAUAGUUUCCGCCAAUGCACAGGGUGCAUCUAACUUGCAGAUCUCUAUUACUGCUCCGGACGGCUCGGUCAUCCUUGGUCCUAACUCCUCGGCUUCCCCGUAUAUCGUGCAAUACUCCUGCGAUGGGACUUCAGCCCCGCUGUAUCCGCCGUUCGGCUCUGAGACUUGA